AAGAAGGCCGGCUUGUCUGCACAGAACCACUACCAACAACGACUGAGCAGUCUGCGCUACAGUCUACGUGCAAGGCUGCUCCCCAUCAUUCGUGCAGAGACGCCUAUACUUGCACGGCUGCAGAAAAAGUAUCGAACCAAUUUUCUCGACAUCUACUUUGUCUAUACCGCGAAUGCCGGGACACACACUGCCUUUCUCGUCUUUCUGCCAAUGAUAUUUUGGUUCGGCAAUGUCAGCUUUGCGAAUGCCAUGGUAGAUACACUAGCAGCGGGAAUCUUCUUCAGUGGCUUCAUCAAGGACUUUUUUUGUCUACCUCGACCGCUUUCACCGCCAUUGCACCGCAUAAACAUGUCUGGGUCAGCCGCGCUAGAAUAUGGCUUUCCGAGCUCACACUCAACCAAUGCAUGCUCCGUGGCCUUCUAUGCAUUUGCAAUGCUCUCCCAAUAUGAAGGCAGUGCAUCCUCCAAACUCGCUCUACAAUGCUUCACGGCGCUCUACACAGCAACGAUUGUCUUUGGACGGCUCUACUGCGGCAUGCAUGGCUUUUCCGACGUGAUUGCAGGAUCUAUCCUAGGCUUCAGUAUAGGCUGGGCGCGAUGGGCUGCUACACCCAUCAUUGAACGCUGGAUCUCCGUACCAGGCACUUUGGGUGUCUUUAUCCUCCUGAUCUCCAUCAUCAUUCUCGUCAGACUUCAUCCAGAACCUGCAGAUGCCUGUCCGUGUUUUGACGAUGGUGUUGCCUUUGCAGGGGUGGUGAUUGGGCAGUAUUUUGGAUUCUGGCGGUAUUCUGCUGAUCCAUAUGUCAAUGCAACAGGGUCGUAUCCAGGACACUUGUACAUGUCGUCACCUGGUCUUUCGAUUGCUGGAGGACUGCUACGUGUAUUACUCGGCGUCCUCUUCAUUCUCGCUUGGCGCGCAACAAUGAAGCCGAUUCUCUUUACGAUCCUUCCACCAUUCUAUCGCUACCUCAGCAAAGCUGGCUUUCUCUAUCCACGUCGAGACUUUGCCUCUGCAACGAAAUACAAGACUGUUCCCGAAGGUGUUCCAGAUGAAGUCUUGCCCAGCAUGAAGGAACUGCCAACGCUUGUACGCAACUUUCGACGUCCACGAACGGAUAGCGUGGGACCUCAAUCUGCAGCAGACUUGUUCGAAGCGGUGGAUGUACGGGACAAGCAACGCCGUUUGAGUAAUGACGCAACGAUGGAUUAUGAAGGUGCGAAACGGGAGGAUAUGCGACAGAUGCAUGGGACGAUUGAGAAGCCGCGUGUUCGAUAUGAUGUCGAGGUGGUGACGAAGUUGGUGGUGUAUACGGGCGUUGGCUGGAUUGCCAUU